AUGACUCUCAGGUCAUGGUACACGUCACACCCUGGGAAGAGUAUUGGUGAGGAACCCGGCCGCAGCGGAGAGCAGGCACCACCAGAGUUGGCGCUGGAGGGAGAGGGGCUAGAUGAGGGGGAUGAUGAGGAGGCUGUUGUUGUGGGGGGAGGAACCGGAGUUGAGGAGGGAGGAUCUGAGCAGGAUAGGAGGUGUGAUAACGAAGCGAAUGUGGAAUGUGAGGUGGAGGAACACGGUGCUGAAGGGGCGGAGGAUAUGGAGGUGGUUGAGGGAGAGGAGGAGAAGGUGGAUGAGGAGGAGGAGGAGGAGGAGGAGGAGGAGGAGGAGGAGGAGGAGGAGGAGGAGGAGGAGGAGGAGGAGGAGGAUGAAGAGAGCGAGAAGGGGAGUGGUGACAACUCCGAGGAGGAGGCGGAUGAUGGUGACAUGGCUGAGGAUAUCGUCUACUUGGUCAACAAAGGGCUGGACGACGGAUGGAGGGAAAGGAAAGAAGAGAAAGAGUGGUGGAGGGGGUAA